AUGUCCCCCCCGUACGGCAGCCUGAUGAGAUACCUGUUCCCAGCCUUGCUGCUGCACGGGCUGGGAGAAGGUUCUGCUCUUCUUCACCCGGACAGCAGGUCCCAUCCUCGGUCCUUGGAGAAGAGUGCAUGGAGGGCUUUCAAGGAGUCACAGUGUCAUCAUAUGCUGAAACACCUUCACAAUGGAGCCCGGAUCACUGUGCAGAUGCCUCCCAAUAUUGAGGGACACUGGGUUUCUACUGGCUGCGAAGUUAGAGCAGGCCCAGAGUUCAUCACAAGAUCUUACAGGUUCUACCACAAUAAUACCUUUAAGGCCUAUCAGUUUUAUUACGGUGGCAAUCGCUGCACAAACCCUAUCUACACACUAGUUAUACGUGGCAAAAUACGUCUCCGCCAAGCAUCCUGGAUCAUUCGAGGGGGUACUGAAGCUGAUUAUCAGCUGCGCAACAUACAGAUCAUAUGCCACAACGAAGCAGUAGCAAAAAAAUUAAGUGAGUUGGUGAACCAUACGUGUCCUGGAUUUAUACCAGAAGAUAGUCCCUGGGAGCAGGAUGUGAGCUACGAUUUGCUGAGAGAAGAGAAUGGCUGUGAAUGCACCAAAGCUCUGAAUUUUGCCAUGCACGAACUCCAGCUGAUCCGUGUGGAGAAGCAAUACCUGCACCACAAUUUGGACCACCUUGUGGAGGAGCUAUUUCUCGGAGACAUUCAUACUGAUGCUACUCAGAGGAGGUACUAUCGGCCCUCUAGUUACCAACCUCCUCUUCAAAAUGCCAAGAACCACGACCGCACAUGCAUCGCAUGCAGAAUCAUCUACCGGUCGGACGAACACCAUCCUCCCAUCUUACCCCCCAAGGCGGAUCUGACCAUAGGGCUACACGGAGAGUGGGUGAGCCAGCGCUGCGAGGUGCGACCAGAGGUCCUCUUCCUCACUCGGCACUUCAUCUUCCAUGACAACAACAACACCUGGGAAGGUCACUACUACCACUACUCUGACCCCAUCUGCAAGCACCCCACCUUCACCAUCUACGCCAAGGGACGCUACAGCCGGGGAGUGCACUCGUCCAAAGUGAUGGGCGGCACGGAGUUUGUGUUCAAAGUGAAUCACAUGAAGGUCACUCCCAUGGAUAUAUCCACAGCCUCUCUGCUCAACGUCUUCAACGGGAACGAGUGCGGAGCACAGGGGUCCUGGCAAGUUGGGGUUCAGCAAGACGUCACCCACACGAACGGCUGCAUCGCACUCGGCAUCCGCCUACCUCACACUGAGUACGAAAUCUUCAAAAUGGAGCAGGAUGCCCGGGGCAGGUACUUGCUGUACAACGGCCAGAGACCGAGUGAUGGGUCCAGCCCUGACCGACCGGAGAAGAGAGCCACUUCCUACCAGAUGCCUUUAAUUCAGUGCGCUUCAUCAGUACCCAGAUCUGAAGAGUCACCAGAGGAGAAUAAAAUAAGGCUGUAUAGCAGCAGGGCACCGGAAAAAUAUCCCAGUGCCCCAGCAAUUCCUUUGGUGUUGUUUAUUUGUACUGUGUCAUAUUGGGACAUUCUCAGCUAG